AUGGCAAGCACGAAGCCGGCACCAAAUGUCCAUACGGGCACAGCGAGCCCUCCGCUACAAUGCCCCUUCUCUGAAGCACACAGCUUGGACACGCAGCUUCCCAGUGGACCCGUUUCCACCGGAGCUGCACAGCAGCAGCAACCCACUAAUCUCGACCAGCUGCUGAGCGCCCUCCCCACCGUCUUUCGGGCUAAGAGCGAAGGAAGGAAAGGUCGCAGCGAAGGCAAAUACCUCGAAACCUCCUCCGACGUGCUGGGCUUCGUAACGCAAGACCUAGAUGUCUCGCGGCUCAACGAUAUCCACGGUCAUCUCUGGAUGGCCGGGCGUCCACUCUCCGCGCGGCCUCUACACCGACAAAAGAUGAUGGACCGACGAAUCCUCUACACCGAGCAGGCAGACAUGCACCUCCUCACCGCCGACGACAGACUCUAUCUCAAGCCCAUACCGCUCUACCUGCUCAGCCACACGUUCUGGACGACCUACUUGUGCGAGAAUAAGGAGCUGCAUGCUAAGGCGUGCGGGUUCCUAAUGUCGUACGUCUGGCUCAUCGUCUCGGAGCUGGACUUCCACCUCGCGCGCGACGAGCACUCGGACACGGAGCACCUGCUCCCGAAAAGCGAGAAACUGACAUGGGCGUGGUGGAAGGCGUUUGUGCAGGACUUCACGGCACACGUCGACCCCAAUGCGCUCGAGCAGGUUAACAAGCGCUACCACUUCGGCGAGCUGCGGCUCGGCCGUAUCAACACGAUAUACCGAACCACACCUAGGUUCCUGUUCACGCACUUUGUAAGAGGGUAUCUGUACGGCUAUAAUCGGUACGAGGUAUUUUUCCAGCGGAACUUCGCAUGGGUACUUGUUGUCUUCGUGUGGUUCUCGCUCGUUCUCUCCGCGAUGCAAGUCGGCGUUGCCGUGCCUCCUCUUAACGAGGACAGCGCGUUCAAAGCUGUGAGUUAUGGGUUUGUCGUCUUCAGCAUUGCCCUGGUUCUGUUUAUGCUGGUCUUUGUCGGCGUCAUAUUCAUGAUUAUCUUCUUCUUCAAUAUGGUUGUUGCGGUAAGGCAUGUUGAGACCGAGAAGCGUAGGAGGAAGAAGUUCCUGGAUGAGAAGAAGGGGGUAAAGAUGGCUUAA